AGAUGCUCGCCGAGGACCCCGGAAGUGCAACUUGAACUCGGCACUGGCGCCGCAUCCGGGGAGCUGAGAUCACAACAAGCGCACGAGUGAGUCCGGCCGGAGAUGAUUCUCAUCUAAGAAUUGAUGUCCAUUUCCAUCAUUUCUUUAAUUUGGUUGACACUUUGGAUAAACAUGGCACAACUCCAGCAGGGAGGUCCAGAUGAAAAAGAAAAAACUACAGCACUAAAAGAUUUGUUGUCUAGGAUAGACUUGGAUGAACUGAUGAAAAAAGAUGAGCCACCUCUUGAGUUUCCUGAUACUCUUGAAGGAUUUGAGUAUGCUUUUAAUGAAAAGGGGCAGCUGAGGCACAUUAGAACAGGCGAGCCAUUUGUGUUUAAUGCCCGAGAAGAUUUGCACCGGUGGAACCAAAAGCGCUAUGAGGCUCUUGGAGAGAUUAUUACUAAAUAUGUGUAUGAGCUCUUGGAAAAGGAUUGCAAUUUGAAAAAGAUCUCACUUCCAGUAGAUGCUACUGAGAGUGAACCAAAGAAUUUUAUCUUUAUGAGUGAGGAUGCAAUGACUAAUCCAGACAAACUGAUGGUUUUAAUUCAUGGUAGUGGUGUUGUCAGGGCAGGUCAAUGGGCUAGAAGGCUUAUUAUAAAUGAAGAUCUGGACAGUGGCACACAGAUACCUUAUAUUAAGAGAGCUAUGGAUGAAGGGUAUGGAGUAAUAGUGCUUAAUCCCAAUGAAAACUAUAUUGAAGUGGAAAAGACCAAAUCACAAGUGCUGUUAUCUUCUGAUGGUUCAGAUGAGCCAGCAGAAAAACGUGAAAGAAAAGAGAAAACCUUCAAAGAAGCAAAGAAGCGGCGUGAUUUUUAUGAAAAGUAUCGUAACCCUCAGAAAGAAAAAGAGAUGGUACCAUUAUAUAUUAGAGACAAUGGCUCUCCUGAAGAACAUUUAAUCUAUGUAUGGGAUCACUUCAUAACUCAUUCUGCAGCUGAGAACACAUUUUUUGUGGCUCACAGCUAUGGAGGACUUGCCUUUGUUGAGCUGAUGAUUCAACGAGAAGCAGAUGUAAAAAAUAAGGUAACUGCUGUGGCGUUGACAGACUCUGUUCACAAUGUGUGGCAUCAAGAAGCUGGCAAAACUAUUCGGGAAUGGAUGAGAGAGAACUGUUGUAAUUGGGUGUCUAGUUCAGAACCAUUAGAUACAUCAGUGGAGUCCAUGUUGCCUGACUGCCCUCGUGUCUCUGCAGGUACUGAACGUCACGAGCUCACUUCGUGGAAGAGUCUCCCAUCUAUUUUCAAAUUCUUUACGGAAGCUUCCGAAGCAAAGAACAGUUCACUCAAAGCAGCUCUCACUCGGCGCUCCCACAGGAUAAAACACGAAGAGGUUUAGGAGGAGUGAGAGAAAGAGAAAGGACACACAACCACACACAGCCAUGCAUACACAUGUACACACCCGCAAACACACCCGAGAGCUCGCACAGGCAUCCCUUAACUACUUAUUUUCGGCAAGCAGACUCCCAGCCCCUCAUUAGAUUGUUUUCUUCCCAGAGCACAGGGUCGUGAUGUAUACAUCUAAAUAGCGUUUUGCAUUAUUUCUAGAUGAGUGCAACUGUCAAAGCAAUAUGGGUUCACUGGUUGUGCUUCCUGUGGGCUGUAGCUUGGAUUUCGUGCUGCCCAUCAGUGCGCAGAUUAAGGCUGACAGCGGUACUGCACAGUGUAGCGUGGUGCAGCUCUAAUUGCCCUGACAUAGCCCUGCACCGAGUUGAAGGCAGAGCUUAAUAGUUUCUUCAUGGUCCUAUCGCCUGCAUUAUUUUCUGCUGCUUUGGGGGAAAAUAUAUACAUAUAUAUAUAUACAUACACAUACAUACAUACAUCACUUUUUUUCUUUUGAACAGGAGCAACCAUUAUUUUACAAACUUAAAAUUUUCGGUAGAUUUUUCUCCAUGUAUAAUAACUUCAAAUAUUGUUGACAACAUGUUAGUGGUUUUACUUUGGGGAUGACUUAAUCUCUUUAAAUUAAUAGCGCAAAUGCUUUGCAUUAUGUAGAUUUUAAAAUGUGAACUAUGCCCUCAUUAAAAACAUUAAAAAUCUAUUUUUCCUUAAGAGACUAGAGAAAACUGGUUGAAGAUCUAUCAAUUCCUAAAUCCAUUUCAUUCUACUAGAAGAACUCUGGACUUGAAAAUAAAAAUUAAAUCAAGUCUAGACAGAGAAAUAAGGAAAAGAGGAAAUUUGGAAAAGUAAACCAAAACGAAUGAAUAAUCCCUUGGGGUGUAUUUUGUGUGUAUGUAUGUAUGUCUGUAUGUAUGUGUACAUAUAUGCACUUUUUGUUUCCCAUUUUCACAUGAAACCUGUUAAGAUAUAAUAAUGAUUUAAUUGAAUUCGAAUUUAGGUUGUGCACUGAAGUUUCACUUUUAAAACUUCAUCUUGUUGGAAGUUUUUAAUCCUAAAACAAAUAGUUUAUUUUGAACUUUUAUGGAACAGAUGAAUCUGACUUUUUUUGAGACAGGAAUUUUUGGAUAGCAUCAAAAAAAUUAAUCUGUGCACUCAAGUCUUUUCCUUUUAUAGGUCUAAGUCAGGCCAACACUAUUCUUUUACUCUACUUAGAGUUAAAGAAUAUUGUUCUGACUGAAAAGUGAAGAAUUGGAAUAAAAGAUUUUCUCUUCUUGGUCCAAUAGUAAUAUUUUUAGCUCUCCACUUGCUUUUGAAGAUCUCCUCUAAAAUUCCAGUUGCUCUGUAAUCAGAUCCAGUCGAAAUCUCUACAACACUGUGAAAUAUCAGAGCUAAAAUAAGUCAUGAUUUUUCUGAUAAUUUUGAUUCAAAUAUUACAUUGUAACAUGUUGAGUUUAUAAUUGUUGUAAAAAAAACUCCAUUACCUUGUGAAGGUUCUAUUUAUGAUAGAUGAAGGAUGAAUUUAAUAUUUUGUCACCUUUAAAAAAAUUUACUACUACGGAGAUAUUUGUCUUAUUUGAUGACAUCAUGAAAUGCACCAAAAAUGUCAUAGGAUUGGCUGGUCAGAAAAUCAGUUGAAAUCAUUCACCUCAUAAUAAGCAUUUGUACAUCAUGUGCUCAUAUCAGCAAGUUUUGAAACUGCUAAUGUCUGAUACAGUGCCUGGAAUGCAUGUACACUAAUUAAUUCUUAUGGUUUUGAUGAUGGCAAAUUAAAGUGAUCUUUUCUUCAGUGG